AUGGCUUCACUACUGCCUCUACCCUCAUAUUCUCCAGCAACGGAGUCCUGGGAGUCUUAUCUUGAACAAUUUGAAUGCUACCUCGAGGCAAACGCUUUCACCGAUCUGACAGACAGUCAGGAGACAGCUCUUUUCCUCACUGUCUGUGGCUCAGAAGUCUUCGAGACGGCUCAGGCUCUUGUUGCCCCACUUGCUAUGCAGGCUGCAGCUUGGGACACGCUGAUGGAGAAACUCAAGGGACACUAUGCGCCCAAAAUCUCCAGAAUCGCUGCCCAUCAUGUGUUCCAUCAUCGAAUCCAAAUUGAGGGGGAGACAAUCUGUGAAUUUCUCUCAGGAAGACUGCAUAUCACUUCCGAUCUCACUCUCAAACAUGCCAUCGAGGAAGCCCAAGCCGUGGAGGCAGCGAAACAUUCAACAACAGAGAUCCGCAAGGGCAACAGCCCAACAAUUCCAAAGAAACUGACCCCAGUCCACCAUGGAGAGAUCAGCGAAUCCAAGAGCUGCUCAGACGAAGAGGAUGACAUCUGCCACAUCAAGCAGGAACAUGGAAAGGUCAAAGGAAACAAGAAAUCAUUGGCAAGGUAUGCUAACAAGGACUGCCACGCCUUCACCAACUACCGCUGUUCGGCCGAGCUGACAGUUGUCCGGGCUGAUGGGUCUGAGCACUGGAAAAUUUAUGUCACCGUGACUAUUGAGGGCAAACCAUGUGACAUGGAAGUUGACACAGGCUCUUCCCUGUCCAUCGUCUCUUGGAGGGCUCGCAUUUGUUUGGGAAUGCAGCUGGCAAAGAUUGAAAUAUUCAUCUUCCUGACCAACUUGCUGAGGGCAUUCAGCUUCCAGCUGCCAGAAGGAGUCAAAGAAAUCAAUCAAGAGGCUAUUGGAAUUGUCCGGAUGAAGGCAUUGGCCCGUAGCUAUGUGUGGUGGCCAGGCAUAGAUGCGGAGAUAGAGGGUUGGGUGAAACGUUGCGAGCCCUGCCAGGUCUCUCGGCCGGAUCCACCCAAGGCUCCAGUACAGUCCUGGGAGCCCACACAGUCCCCAUGGUCCCGGGUGCAUGUGGACUUCGUGGGGCCUUUUCAGGGCCAACACUUCCUAAUAGUGGUCGACUCUCAGUCCAAGUGGCUAGAGGUGGUGCCAACCUCAACCGUGUCCACGAGAGCAACUAUAAAUGCGCUUAGGAAGCUAUUUGCAACACAUGGCUUGCCAGACACGCUGGUGAGUGAUAAUGGGACCGCUUUUACUUCAGCGGAAUUCAAAGAAUUUCUCCGGUUAGCGGAGUUCUUAUUGGCCCAACACACCACCCCAAGCGUAGUAACCGGCCGGAGCCCAGCGGAGUUGCUUAUGGGAAGGAGGCUCACUACCCUCCUUGAUCAUAUGCACCCCGACCGGGCUCUUGAGCAACGGCCAUCGACUGUGGUGCAGGGGGCUCCUAGAGGGUUCUUCCCGGGGGACACUGUGUACGUCCGGAACUAUGGGCCCGGACAGGGUUGGGUCCCAGGUACCAUUGCCCGCUGUACAGGUCCGGUCUCCUACGAGGUAGGGCUGGAGGGGGGUCUGGUUUGGAAGAGACACCUUGACCAGAUCAGAACCAGGACAUCUCCGAACAGG